AUGUGAGACAGGUUGCUGCCACUGGAGGAAGGAGGACAGCUGGGACAACUUUCCUGCAAGAACAGAUCCGCCUCAGCGCCGUCAGGAUCAGGCCAAAAUGGAGGACAAUAUGAAUACAAAAUCUAUUCUAGAAGAGCUUCUUCUCAAAAGGUCACAACAGAAGAAGAAAAUGUCACCAAAUAAUUACAAAGAGCGCCUUUUUGUUUUGACUAAAACAAACCUCUCCUAUUAUGAAUACGACAAAAUGAAAAGAGGCAGUAGAAAAGGAUUGAUCGAGAUCAAGAAAAUCAGAUGUGUGGAGAAAGUAAAUCUGGAGGAGCAAACUCCUGUGGAGAGACAGUAUCCAUUUCAGAUUGUCUAUAAAGAUGGGCUUCUCUAUGUCUAUGCAUCGAAUGAAGAGAGUCGAAGUCAGUGGCUGAAAGCAUUACAGAAAGAGAUCAGAGGCAACCCCUACCUGCUGAUCAAGUACCACAGUGGGUUCUUCGUGGACGGGAAGUUCCUGUGCUGUCAGCAGAGUUGCAAAGCGGCUCCAGGAUGUACUCUCUGGGAAGCAUAUUCUGAGCUUCAUGUUGCAACCAAUGAAGAGAAAUGCAGAACUCCCACCUUUCCAGAUAAGGUAUUUAAGAUUCCUCCAGUCAUUCCAAGUCUUGAAAUGAAAAGGCCAUCUUCAAGUACUGCUCUAACCCGGUAUGACAGUGAUCUGAAAACAAACUAUGGCUCCCAGCCAAAUGUCUACAACAUGCCUUAUAUCCCAAGGGAAGACUGCCCUGACUGGUGGCAACUAAAUUUCAGAAGUAAUGAAGAUUUUCCAUGCAGUAAACAACAGGAAAAAAAUUUAAAUCACAGCACCUCAAAGAUUCCAUGGGGCAUCCCUGAGUCAAAUUCAUCUGAAGAUGAGGAAAACCUAAAUGACUAUGACUGGUUUGCAGGUAACAUGUCCAGGUCACAAUCUGAGCAGUUACUGAGACAAAAGGGAAAAGAAGGAGCAUUCAUGGUUAGAAAUUCCAGCCAGGUUGGAAUGUACACAGUGUCCUUGUUUAGUAAGGCUGUGAAUGACAAAACAGGAACAGUCAAACAUUACCAUGUGCAUACAAAUGCUGAGAACAAAUUGUACCUGGCAGAAAACUACUGUUUUGAUUCCAUUCCAGAACUUAUUCACUAUCAUCAGCACAACUCAGCAGGCAUGAUCACACGACUCCGUCACCCUGUGUCGACCACAACCAACAAGGUUCCCAGCUUCGCGUCCUUGGGAAAUGACAUCUGGGAGCUGAAAAGAGAAGAGAUUACAGUGCUGAAGCAGUUGGGAAGCGGUCAGUUUGGAGUGGUCCACCUGGCCAAGUGGAAAGGGCAAUACGAUGUUGCUGUGAAAAUGAUCAAGGAGGGCUCCAUGUCAGAAGAUGAAUUCUUCCAGGAGGCCCAGACCAUGAUGAAACUCAGCCAUCCCAAGCUGGUAAAAUUCUAUGGAGUGUGUUCGAAGAGAUACCCGAUAUACAUAGUCACUGAAUAUAUAACCAAUGGCUGCUUGCUUGAUUACCUGAAGAAUCAUGGGAAAGGCCUGGAACCCUGCCAGCUCUUAGAAAUGUGUUAUGACGUUUGUGAAGGCAUGGCCUUCUUGGAGAGUCACCAGUUCAUACAUCGGGACUUGGCUGCUCGGAACUGUUUGGUAGACAGUGAUCUCACAGUGAAAGUUUCUGACUUUGGAAUGACUAGGUAUGUUCUUGAUGACCAGUAUGUCAGCUCAGUAGGAACAAAAUUUCCAGUCAAGUGGUCAGCCCCGGAGGUGUUUCACUACUUCAAAUACAGCAGCAAGUCGGACGUAUGGGCAUUCGGGAUCCUGAUGUGGGAAGUGUUCACUCUGGGGAAGCAGCCCUACGACUUGUACGACAACUCCCAGGUGGUGGUGAAGGUCACCCAGGGCCACAGACUGUACCGGCCCCAACUGGCCUCGGACACCAUCUACCAGAUCAUGUACAGCUGUUGGCAUGAGCAUCCAGAAAAACGGCCCACAUUUCAGCAACUGCUGUCUUCCAUUGAAAAUCUUCAGGAGAAAGAUAAGCCUUGA